UUAGCGUCAGGCGCCGUGCACUCCAAACUUACGUCCAUCUUGCUGACUGCAUUGUGCACCUGCUCGGGUUUGUCUCCGUGACGACCAUGCCACCCCAAGUGGACCUUGUCAUUGUUUUUCGUGUCUCUCCGCUUAAGGUGACAUCCCUAUCGAAGGAGCAAGUGCGCCAGAAUGUUCUGAAAGCCGAACGGCAAUACACUGCUCUAAUUGACACACUCAACAGAGCGGGUCUCAAAGCAGUUGGGAGGAGCGGAGAGAAUCAGGAUCAACUACUCAUACUCGUCACUUGUCCGCAGAAUGUACUGUCCAGGCUGGUGCACUGCGAGCGGUAUUCUGACUUCCUGUAUGGUCUGCCUAUGUCAAGGUUGCCGUCAGUUGAGGAAGACCUGGAUGCAGCUCCACUCUCGCCAGCUGACAGAAUACGUCUCGUGCACGCCUUUAUAUGCUCUACUCCCCAAGACGGAGGUCUUGGAAUCAUACCUGGAUGCAAAGAAUGGGACCUCGUGGAGUCCGUUAUGGCACUUCACGAUCACGACUUCAACGAACAUUGGAUACGAUUAUGGACAAGGCACCGUAUUGCAUCAGUGCAGCUCGACAAAAUAAGAGAUCAGUUUGGAGACUCAGUUGCCCUUUAUUUCUUUUUCCUGACGGCGUACACGCGUGCCCUCAUUUUUCCGGCUGUGCUUGGCCUCGUGUUUUACUUUUUCGGGACUCCAUAUUCGGCACUAUACUCCUCUCUCCUACUGGUGUGGUCUGUCGUAUUCGUGGAGUGGUGGGCCCUCCAAGAACGUAUUCUCUCGGUGAGGUGGUGCACUCGUGGAUCAUUCCGAGUAGAAAAACGACGAGCGGAUUAUCAUCCUGGCAUGCCUUGGUGGAAGAAGGAAUUCCGAAGGGUUGCGAGUAUACCCAUUAUACUACUUUUUGCCAGCGUCCUAGCAGUCAUUUUGACGGGGAUUUUCGUGUUUGAGGCGUUCGUAACGCGAUUAUACAAAGGCCCAGGACACCAGAUAAUCUCUUUCACACCUACGAUCCUGUUCAUGGCGCUCGUACCCAAGGUCAUGGCCAGUUAUAAGUCAUAUGCAAAGCGGUUCACGGAUUGGGAGAACCACGCACAUCAAUCGAGUCACAGUAAUUCGCUAGCGAUCAAAGUGUUUGCGCUCUCCGCAAUGAACGCUUACCUUGGUCUUGCGCUGUCUGCAUUUGUGUAUGUGCCUUUUGGAGAAAGUGUCAUGCAUUUUGUGCAACGAUAUAUUUUCUCCGGGAGUCGUCACGCAGCCGUCAUCCUCGAACGAUUUAGUAUAAACUUGAACGACACCAUCAAGGUCGGAUCGGGUGGUGGUAGAGGGGAGAAAAUGGUAGGAAAGGUGACCGCUCACAACUUGUUCGAAGCCGAUAGGGAGAAUGCGCGGCAAAAGCUGAACCCUUCGAGGUUACAAGAACAGAUGUUCGCGUUCAUCGUCACGAACCAGGUGGUGAACAACUUUAUGGAGAUCGGGUUGCCUUACGUUCUGCGGGCUAUUGAAUCCUUCCGGAGUGGAAAGAGCUUUCGCAAUGGCAAGAUAAAGAAGAAGCGUGUUGCUUUUGACGACGAGUCUGUCGGACAUGGACAAAACCAGGGCCAAGCUCAGGAGAAGCGUACCAAAGAAGAACGCGAGUUCCUUGAGAUCGUGCGCAGCGAGGUGACACGCCCAGAAUAUAACGUUUUCGAAGACUAUGGAGAGAUGGUGACGCAGUUUGGCUAUAUUGCGUUGUGGUCGACGAUCUGGCCAUUAGCACCUCUCAUGGCGUUGCUCAAUAAUUAUAUAGAGGCACGCUCUGAUGCUUUCAAGAUUGCGACCCACGCGAGGCGGCCGAUUCCCGUCCGCACGGACACGAUUGGGCCCUGGCUCGAGUCGUUGUCGUUCCUGACCUGGCUCUCUGCCCUUACGAACUCGGCACUCGCGUACCUUUUCCGCCCUCCUGAUCACGAGCUCAGCACUCAGAUGGACGUGAAUGGGGACGUUGGCACACAUCUCCACCAUCACCAUCAUGGUCACGGACGCAAUGGGUUGGCCGCGACGAAAGAGUUGCUUGGCCAUGCGCUUCUCGUUGCGCUUCUCGCUUCGCAUGGAUACUUGCUGCUGCGCACCAUAGUAAGACGCAUACUGGAGCUUGCGAUAUGGCGGGGCAGCGAGGAGGCAAAGGAGGCGGAGAGAGUGAACAGAGAGAUGAAGGAGAAGUACCUCAAGCAGUGCACGUCGCUCACCGGAGAGACCAAACCUGUUUCUGUGGAGGCUUCCGCCGGCGUCAGAGAUGAAUGGGAGGGGUUCUGGGCAGUCGAUGAAGGAGUUGAGGAGAUUCAGAAGCUUGUGAAGGACGCAUAAGCUGGUUGCUUUGUGAUUCUUACGUCUGUUGGUAUACGUCCGAUGUUACAUUCGUUCUGACACGUUGAUUUCCAUGUAUGCUUGCGCCCGGCGUUCGUGUUGUGCAUGUCAAGUGUACCCUUACUACUGAGCAUUUGUUUCCGUACUACCUAAUACGACA